GUCGCGCUGCUGCUCGGGCCCGACGUGCCGCGCCUGCGCGCCCACCUCUGCUGCUACUACGGCUGCCGCGGCCAGAGCGAGCUGCUGCGGCUGCUCGCCGAGCGCGGCGCCGGACUCCGCGAGCUCGAGCUGACGCGGCCGUCGCUGCUGCGGCUCGACUUGGCGCGGUUGACUGCGGCGCUGGGCCAGAUGUCGCGGCUGCGCGAGCUGCGGCUGGCCAAGGUGGCGUGCGACGGCGUGCUGGAGGCGGUGGGCGGCUCGUGCCCGCUGCUCGCGCUGCUCGACGUGCGCGGCUCGCGCCUCGUCACCGACGCGGGCGUGCGCUCGCUGCUCGUGCAGCGCGCCCACAUCACCGACAGACUCAUCUGCGACGACUUCCCGCCCAAGGCCAAAGGACGCAGUCGAGGCCUCCUGGGCUGGUUGCGCAGAAAGCGCAAGUCGGUGGGUAAAGGCGCAGGCAAGCAGCCACCGCUGCUGCUGCUGAGGGAGGAGGAGUCGCCGCUUUGUGCCUCGCUGCGCCAGCUGUUACUGGACAACACGGCAGUGACAGCCGCUGGCGCUGUCAUGGCACUGCGCCAUGCACCCCGCCUGCGCUCACUGGGCGCACUGCCACUGCCACUGACGCACGCAGGGCUGCCAACCAUGCCGCAGCUACCACUGGCGCUGACAGAAGCAACACUGGUGAGGCCUUCAAUCUCACAGAUUGCUGCAGUCACCGAUGCUUGCCCACACAUACAGAGGUUGCGGUUGGUGCAGCCUCGCAUCAUGAACACAGCGUCUGCAGAUCUCACUCACGUUCUGUCAAAGCUGCCACUCCAUGAGCUGCAGUUACGUUUUUACCACAGCAAUGCUGCCAUGUCUGAUUUUUAUACCUACAGGGAUCCAACAAUUGAUGGUAGACGCUCUCCAUGCCAUAUUGAAGAUCUAGCUGGUGACACUACUGUUCUUGCAGCAUCAUUAAAUGGUGCUCCUGAAUUGUAUAAGCUGAGUGUACACUUCUCAUGGAAUGCAGAGCCUCCAGUUGUAGACUUGGCAUACAUAUUUAUAAUGUGUCCCCUCUUACGAACACUGUGCAUUGAAGGUGCAUCAGUGCGGUGGACAGAUAGUAAUAAAAAAGUGCCCCUUUCACUGGACAUCAUAACAGCACAGCUUGGUUCUGAUGUAUCAGAAAAUGCAGUGUCCCAGCUAUUGUUGCAUGCAUCUCAGCUGCAGUGUCUUCAUGCUCAUCGCUGCCCUGACCUCAAACUCACUUCAUUGCCACCUGCACCAGCCUUGCGGUGCUUGUUCUUAAAUGAAGCACCAAACAUUAAAGUCGAAACACUUCAAACAAUUUUGUCAUCCUGGAGAAACUUGGAGAGGCUUGGAAAUAUGUCUGGCUUUAAGCUUGACAGGAAGCUGGAAAACAGUUUGAGUAUGAAGGCAAAGGAUGCUCAAGUUGAAGUCCUUUCAGCACACCACUCAACCAGUGAAGACUGCAUUUUCAAGGACUCUACCAAUAAUUAAUUGUUUUACUGCUCCCAAAAAUACUUUUAUUUAUAUCAAAAUUAAUUAAACAAAACAAACUCCAUACAUUAGAGGAGGUGAUUCAGUCACAGAUGUCAAUCCUGCUUUUCCUGUUUGAAUGUAACUGUAAAUGGCAUUUGCUUAGAAUGAAAUCAUCCAGAAUUCCAAUAAACCACAACUUAUUCUCAGGGGAGUUACCUCUAUAAACACAGAAGGCAUCUGUAUUGUGCUCCAUACAAACCAAAACAGAAAUAAUAAGGCUGUGAAUAAUGUUGUCUAGUACUGUAACAUGUGCCAAUGAUACUGCAUUUUCGAUGUUAUUCUCUAAUAAUUAGAAUAUUACUAUCCUAAGUUAUUACACAAAACUGUUGCAAGCAUCUGUGAUACUUUACAUUAUUGAUAAAUGAUGCGUGUGAAUAUUUCUUUGUACUUAAUCAAGUUGGAGAAAAUAUUUUACUGCAGCAAACAUUAUGUAGUCAUAUGGAAGUGAAAGGUGGAAGGAUAACAGUAUGUUUACUUACUGUUGUUUUGUUCAUCAUACAGAUGUAUGCAGCUAUGCUGUUUCAUAUCUGUUAUUAUAGUACAAAUUAUUCAUGAAUAUAAAAUGCCAAUAAAAGGUUUCAUUUCUGA